AUGGUUGGGGGCCCCUCGUCGGGUAAACAGCCAAAGGGGGGCCCUGAUAAGGCCCCACAGGAGCCUCAGAGGGCUUCUGCUUCUCCAGCUGAUGCAGUUAAGGAAGACUAUAGAAGUGAAGGCGCUGUGGCACUACACGAGGUGCGGUCCCUGCCAGGAGGCCGUGAGGUGUACGUACAGGUCGGGGGCAUCUUCCUCCUCGCUGACGCUUCCACCGCCGAAAGACGCCUUCGGCAGCAGCAGCAGCAGCAGUGA